UCGACUGUGCACAUGGCAUUGAAUUCUCCCGAAUGGCCAGGACAAUCUGUCCCCCGCACAGCGAAUCUCGGUACAGGUAAGUGAUGCUUACGACACGUGCAGGUAGGGCUGACCGCCAGUUCGUGACUCGUAAUGCCCUCUGCGUGAAGAGGCCUUGUCUUACGCUUAGGUCAUUUACUUUGUGCCGCCCGGCGAUAAAGUAUCGCAUGGAGGAGGCCUCCCCCUCAAGCAAGAUGAUUACGUGCAGGAGUGUAGUUAGGCGAAGUCUGGGGUGCAGCACGAGAUGCACGUGCCUAGCGGAGACAUGUGCGUAUUUCCCCUCUCGCUGGGAUUUCCAUUACGUCUGCGAAAGCGCGUACGAAGUCACACAAAAGGGACGCAUAGCUAGAACAAGAAUUCAAGAUGGACAUGAGAGCAUUCUUAGAGCUCAUCACGCCAUCCCGCUCCUCCUUUGUCUUGCAUUCUUGCCAUAUAAGCUUCAAAAGUCUAUGCUUGCGACAUCCCGGCGCUGUGUUUCACCAUUGAUCACGCUAUACUAGAAACCGCUCCCCGCCAAACCUACCAUCACGAGAUUUCGACUAAGACCACUUCUCUUGACGCCCAGCUCCCCUGCACUUUACAUCCUAUGACUACAUCUAC